CUGCCAGACCUGUAUGUCCUAACGGACUUGCAGAGAGAUGGAAUAUCAUGAUAUGACUUGUAGUCAGGGGUGGACUGACAACUCAUGGGAACCCCAGGAAAUAGGGGAUCAUGGGGCCCCUGUGUCCUUGCACAAACUCAAAAAAGCCUAUGAAAAAGGUACCAUGGGCAUCUCAUGGGGCUACCUACUGACCCCGGGCCCUCGGGCAGUGCCUGAGUUUCCAAAUGGUCAGUCUGCCCCUGCUUGUAGUAAU